UUUGUCUUUGGGGUUCACCAGCCCUGGUCAUGUCAAGACGAUCAUCUCCCGUGUGAUGCUUGGCUUGCCGCAAUGCCUUCAGGCGCUCGGGAUUUGAGUAGCACCACUGGGAGCACAGCUUGGAGGAGCUUCGCAGACCUCGGCAGAUGUGCUUCAAAGAUCAACAAGGCCAAUGACAGUCGGGCCAGUUCAAAGAGCUCCCGCAUGAGGACCAAGUCCAAAGGGCUUCCAUCCUUGCCACCCAUCGUGCCGGUCCACUCCUUCGACCAGAUCUUGCACAGCGCGCAGCAGCGCGCUGCGCGGCGAAGAGCCCGUGAGCGCAAGGAGAAGGACAACGAUCUCAUGCAGUUACCUUUCUUGGACCUAAGCCUCGCUCAUCGGCACACGAUCAAGGGCUACAGGACCUUCCUAGCAGUUGUGGAGCAUGUCCACGGCAAGGAGGAGGAGAGAUCUGAGGCGCGGAGGAGGAAGGCGGAGGAAGAACAGAAGAAAGCCGAAGAGAUCGCCCGGAUGACGCGGCUCACACUCCUAGCCACCAGCGCCUUGACCGAGAAGAACGAGGAGGACGUCCUGACCAGCAGUGCGAUCUCAAAGCAUGUGGUGAAAGAUCGCAUCAUGACCCAGGAGCAGAAACGGAAGCAAGAAGAUGAAACCAUCAAGGCGGCAGAGAUCGAGAGAGAAAAAGAUCCGGAGGAGGUGGCCGAGAUCCUGAAACCACCCGACUUCCCAGCCAUCAUCGAUCGCCUCAACUCGGAUCCUAUCAGUGGCUUCAGUGACCGAGAGCUGGAGAGGAUUGAGGAGCAAUUCCAGGUAUAUAAGACCCCGGGGCAGUCGGAUGUACAUGCAGAUCGCUUAUAUGAGCUUCUGGCAUCAUUGGGGUACACCACCAUCGAAGAGGAGAUGAUUCGGAAGAUCAUGUCGGAGGUCACCCGUUAUUCCUCCUUGGACCUGUCGGAGCUCAUCAGCUUCCUCGCUCGUUAUGCGCAUUUCGAGCAAGCAACCAUCAGGAAGUCCUUCCAUGAGUUCGACACCGACGAAUCGGGCGAGCUUUCGACUGGGGAGGUGCAAGCGGUUCUGAAGGCGAUGGGAUGUUCACCCUUCAAAGGCACCUUGCAAAGGCUGAUUGAUGCGGUGGACGAUGACUCCUCAGGCACUUUGGACUUCAACGAGUUCAUUUCGCUUCUUUUGGUCUACCGACAGACUGAUGGCUUCAGUCACAAGGAGAUCCGACAGAUGUAUCGGACCUUUUGCCGUUUUGCCGUGGUGGACAACAACGUGAAGAAGGUGCCGCAGUACCGCUUGACCACCGCGCUGAUUUUUGAGUUCGGUGCGCAGGCUGCCGACUUGGCCAGGCAGCUGGCGAAGCAGGACGGAAGAAGCAUGCGUCGGGCCAAAUCUCUUUGGAUGAUGGCUUCCUCGCGAAGAACGUCGCUCAACGGUACUGAGAAGAGUGGAAGUGGAAGUUUGACCUUUCGACAGUUUGUGACCUGGUCCAGGCGAAUGAAGGAAGGCGAAAUCAACGAAUAUGUGCGCCAGUUCCAGCGCUUUGAUCAGAGCCAAGACGGCGUGCUGGACCGGUCAGAGGUGAAGCAAGUGUUGAAGAAGAUGGGCUACAUGCCCUUGCGGUCCAACAUCCAAGAUCUCUUCCAAGCGGUUGAUGCUGAUGGGGAUGGCACAGUCAAUCUGGAAGAGUACCUGGAAAUGAUGGACUACUUCAAGAGGUGGGAUGGCUUCACCGGAGCAGAAGCUGCCGAGCUCUCCGCCGUCUUCAAAAGGCAUGCCAACAUGGAUGGCGAAAUUUCCACCAUGCAGAUCAUGGACAUUUUGCGCGCCAGCGGCCGAAGCACUAGCCUGCGGAAGAUUCAACAGUUGGUCGCCAAGGUAGAUGUGGAUGAGACUCAUUCGUUGGACUUCAAGGAGUUUUUGCGGCUGAUGCGCCUACUCCGCGAAGAGGAGCUAGGACAGGCCAGGCAAGCCUUCAUGCUGACCUUGAAGGACAUUCUCCCAAAGGAGGACUUUGUGGCUUUGGAUCCGGAUGAUGAGAACGUUGCCAUCCCAAGAGAACGUCUUCAGCUUCCAGUACGCCUGUUGGAGCUGCAGACGGACAUGGUGGAGCUCCAAGGCUUGGCAGACAGGUAUGCCAUCGAUGCCGCGUUGGAUUUCGACAGCUUCGUGAACUUGGUGGACCACUUGCGGCGAAACCGGCAAGCCAGGAAGAAGAAGCAGGCGUCCUUUGAAGACUCGGAGGUCACUUCUUUACAGUCCAAAUUCUCCUUUGUGGAUCGCGAUGGCAGCGGGGAGAUCGACCGAGACGAGAUCCCGCGCUUGCUGAAGCCCAUGGGAAUGGAGCUGAAGAGCAAAGAUGAUCAGAGGCGGCUGAUGGCUUUGAUCGCUGAUGCCCGGCGCUGGGCAGCUGAGUGCGGAGUGCCGCAAGAGGAGUGCGGGAAGCAUGGAACGGCCAUUGUGCGUUUCCCAGUGUUUCUCUUCAUGUGCCGCUUGCUGCAGAGAGAAAAGGAAGCAAAGGCAUUGGCCGAAGAAGAAGAGGAGGCACGCAUUCUUGGCUUUGCAGAGGUGCAAGUAAAGAAGUUGCAUUCGAAGUUUUGCUUCUGGGUCGCCAGGAUGCAGGAAGAGACUGAAGCCUCAGAGUCGCAGGAUGGGCAGGAUUUCAACUUGACCUUAAGCGUCGACGGCUUCGGCAAACUCUGCGAGCACAUCAAUCCCAGGCUGAGCAGCGAAGAGAUCCAAGACAUCACGGCAGCGUUGCCGAAGCUCCAUGAUUUUCCUACAAUCCGAACGGAGGCCCAUGUGGAGGAGCUGAUGAAAGUGGCAGAGGAGGAGGAAGAGACCGAGGCGGUCGAGGAGGAACUGCUCCCAGAGGUGCAGCAGGUGAGCUUCCCGCUCUUCGUGCGGAGCAUGAAAUGGAUGCUGGAGAGGAAUUUGGGGCAAAUGCAGGAUGCCUUCAAGCUCUAAGCGUGGCUUGCUGGGUUGUUGCCGCAGCUUUGCAGGUCUGGAUUAUUGAUGCAGGGUGAAUUGGUGAAGAAGUCUUCCAUGCAGCCUAGUUUGCAAGUAUGCCUGAGGCACUUGCUGAAAGAAUCUGAAACCUGAAGCAUGGCUUCGGACCACUUUAUUGAGGCUGCAAGGGACUUCAGAACCCCACUGAGCCUGGAUGGCACUUUGUAGCAACUCCUUGAGAUUUAGAGUCGUUGAUAGAGGCUUUCAGUCGGUUCAAGGCUUUUCGCCGAAGCAAUCACAUUUUAUGGCCCAGCAUGGCCCAGCUUACCUGGAAAUCCAGGGAAGGGUGGCCUAUUGGACGUUCAUAUCGACCAAUUGGGGUCACCCAAGGAAUCUGAUGAGGGCAGGCUUCAACACAUGAUAUCCU